GAUCUGGGGGUCAGAUCUGGUGUGUUUGUGUGUGUGUUUGUUUCCUGGGGAACAAGGAGAAAAGGGUUGAAGGGGAAAGGGAGAUAUGGGAGUUGAGGGUAGCUACAGGGAGGAAAUGAUGAAAAGAAAAAGGGUCUUUGGAGUGAAGUACUAAAAAGUUUCAGAAAAUUCACCAACAGAGAAAAAAAAAAAGGGAUUGAGGGGGAGUUCUGAUAGGGAAAUGUGUUGGAUUAAAGGAAAGAGUUGGGGUCUAGCAUGCUUUCUCCACUUCAGGCACUGGUUAUUGCCUUCCACCUCUCUUUAAACUGAAGGGGAGAUGGAAAGCUUCAUAAACAGCAAAAUGGGACUCUCUCGCUUAAACAUAGACCAUUCUACCUGAACUGGAGAUUCUCCUGGGACUGAAGCUAGAUGGGAUGAAAGUUUGGAAGGGAUGAGGAGAUACAGGAAUCACAGGAUCGGGGUUCCUUUCCAGGAUUUGACCAACCUUUGCCUUAAGGAGUCUCAGCCCCAGGAAGGAAGAUGUCUGAUGAUGAGGACAUGGAAGAAUAUGACCCCGAGGAGGAGGAACCAGAGGAAGAAAAAGAUGAAAAAGAGACAGAUGAAGAAGAGAAAGAGGAAGGGGAAGAAGCUGAAGAGUUCAUCCCCAAUCCCAUUACAGAGGACAUAAUGAAGGAAGGUCUCUCUUUGCUCUGCAAGACAGGCAAUGGACUCUCUCAUGCUUAUGUGAAGCUGGAGGCCAAGGAUAAGGAACUGACUGACAUUUCUCUACUGUCCUCCUAUAUCCACCUGCGUUACGUGGAUCUGUCUGAGAACCGGCUGUCAGACCUGUCACCGCUCAACAACCUGACUCACCUCCUCUGGCUCAAGCUUGACUACAAUCGGUUACAGAGUGCCCGAAUGGUAGAGCUGCCCUACUUGCAGAUUGCCAGCUUUGCCUACAAUCAAAUCAUUGACACCGAAGGCAUCACUCAUCCCAAAUUGGCCAGCCUGGAUCUCAAAGGGAACAACAUCAAGAAAAUAACAGGCUUAGACCCCCAAAAGCUCUCGAAUCUGCACACAUUAGAGCUGCGAGGGAACCAGCUGGAGAGUACCCUGGGACUUGAACUUCCUAAGCUGAAGAGUCUCUAUUUGGCCCAGAACCAGCUGAAGAAAAUAGAAGGAAUCGAAAAUCUACAACAACUUAGUACUUUGCAUCUUCGGGACAACAAAAUCAGUGAAUUGGAUGGCUUCUCUUCUGAAAUGAAGCUGCUGCAGUACCUUAAUCUUCGAGGGAACUUAGUGACAAAUAUGUCAGAAUUGAUUAAACUGAAAGAUUUGCCUCAACUUCGGGCCCUGAUCCUGUUGGAGAAUCCAUGCACAGAUGAAACCGACUACAGACAAGAAGCCCUGGUACAUUUACCCCAACUGGAACGGCUGGACAAGGAAUUCUAUGAGGAAGAGGAACGGGCAGAGGCUGAUGAAAUUAGACAGAGGUUAAAGGAAGAGCAAGAACAGGAAGUGGAUCAAGACCUGGAUGCCUACAUAGAUAAGGAGGCAGACGACAUUGAUGACAAUGCCUUCUGAGGUGCUGGUGCUAUACUGGUCUCCCCAUCGCUUUUUUCUUUCUCUUGGAAAGACCAUGUCCUUAGUCCAUCCUUGGAGGAAAAGGACCCAUUCAUUCCUCCUCCCCUGGAUCCCGGGAGUUGGAAGCACCUCCAGCUCAGCAUUUGUGAAAGGAGUGACAUAAGGAAAGCAGAAAAAGGAAGGCAGGCAGACCUAAAGGGAAUUCCUUUAAAUUUAUUUUUAUUUUUAUUUUUCUCAGCAAAAGUGGUGGGGGUAUGGAGGAUAGAACAGUCAGUAGUUUUAACAGGAUCCAGGCAAACCUGAAGGGGGAAGGGACAGACCCCGGGGACUUUAAAUACUGAAUCUUGCCAAGGUGAUAGGAAUUGGGGGGGGGGGGGAUGGUGCACGGGAGUGUGACCUGGGGGGACCGAAUUUUUUCCAAUAAAGAAAUUCUUGGGGCUGGUAUCUCUGUGGCUUUUGUACGUCGUUGUCAGCGUGUGACCCUGCGUUUCUGGGGGAGUGUGUCAGUGUCUGCCGGUUUCCCGGCGGUCUGCCUGGAUGCCAUCGUUC